GAACAGGCUCAUUUCUUGCGUUUCAAGUACCAUGCCAGCUUUGACAAGCCCUUGGGGAGGUCUCUAUGAGACAAUUUAUUUGCUCAGUUUGGGUCUUUGCAGCAUAUCACUUGGCACUGGAGACUUCUUUUCGUGCUGAUGAAGGUGCAUCUCUUCCAGAACUUCCUCCGAAGUCUCCCAUAACUAUUGCCUGGCCCGAUAAACCUUCUAGUAUUGAUAGGUCAGUGUCUACUAUACCUGGAUUCGCGGUUGUUCCUACCACUUCCAAGCCUCAGGGUUCUCCAUCGAAUAUUGAUUCACAAUCUGAAAUAACCUCUCCAGCCUCUCCCCGCAAAAGCUUGGUUUUUGCCCAAUCGUCCGGUUUGUCCAAGUUUCCCACUUCUCAAUACAGAGAGGUAACCUCCAGCUUAAUGGCUUAUCCCUCUUCUUCUUCAUUGUUACCUACUCCGGCGAAUUAUGUCUCUGGUCCGUUGCGAAAUGAGCCAUAUCACCCAUAUGAAACAUAUAACAGAAUUUCUAGAUUCUAUGGAGACCGAUGCCUCUGCAUUUAACAUUUGCCUGGGAAUUGGUGGUAAUCCUCUUGCUAAGAAUGCUGAGUUGUUGGGUGGGGGGUGGGGAAAGAAGCUAAUGAUAAAUGAAACAGCCACAUUUAGGUCAACAUCUUUUCAGCAAGACCUCGUAAUCACCUUGACUAGCCAGGAUCUUCCAAACAAGAUUUUCCUCAAUCACUUUCGGACCAUCAAAGCAUCUUGGUUUCAUUGUCAAUCCGGAAUGUCUGGAAAGGAACCGUUUGUGAACGGGCUCAUCUCUUGCGUAUGAAAUACUAUGGCAGAUUUGGCAAGACCUUGGGGAGGUUUCUCAGAGACAAUUUAUUAGCUCAGGUAAUCUUCUCAAUAUCAGCUUUUGGUCUUCCGUUUUACUUCUUCUUGCGUCUCUAACUCCAUGACUGGAGACUGAGUAAAAAAGUACUUGGACGCUCUUAGGUCAAAUUCUUACAUGCUACAUGAUGGGGAUAAUUUUGAAAUUAAUCAAUUGACCAAUUGAAAUAGACAAUGUCUUUUGAAACUGACAA